ACAAGCAAUCGUCGUGUUCACCCAUCGGCGCCUCACUCACCUGCAGAUCAUCAAAGCAUUGCUCCCUUGCCUGCUCGCUCGCCAAGGAAGCAAGGAACCAGCAGGAACAAUCUUUUGAGCAAUGGCGGCGGCAGGGCUGCAGGUGUUCGGACAGCCGGCGUCCACCGACGUGGCGAGGGUCCUGACCUGCCUCUUCGAGAAGAACCUCGAGUUCGAGCUCGUCCGCAUCGACACCUUCAAGAAGUCGCACAAGCUCCCCGAGUUCAUCAAGCUACGGGAUCCAACUGGGCAGGUGACAUUCAAACAUGGUGACAAAACCAUUGUCGAUUCUAGGGCCAUCUGCCGCUACCUGUGCACCAGUUUCCCGGAGGACGGCAACAGGACGCUCUACGGCACGGGGUCGCUGGAGCGGGCGUCGAUAGAGCAGUGGCUGCAGGCCGAGGCCCAGAGCUUCGACGCUCCGAGCUCGGAGCUCGUCUUCCAGCUGGCGUUCGCGCCCCACCUCAAGGACGUGCACCCCGACGAGGCCCGCAUCGCGGAGAACGAGAAGAAGCUGCAGAACAUGCUGGGCGUCUACGACGAGAUGCUGUCCAAGCACAAGUACCUGGCCGGCGACGAGUUCACCCUGGCCGACCUGUCCCACCUGCCCAGCUCGCACUACAUCGUCAACUCCUCCGACAGGGGCCGGAAGCUCUUCACCGCCAAGAAGCACGUGGCCAAGUGGUACGAGAAGAUCUCCACCCGCGACUCGUGGAUGCAGGUGGUGAAGAUGCAGAAGGAGCACCCAGGCACGUUCGAGUGUUCCAGUUCCAGUUCCACCGAUCGAGUGAGCGAGAUGGCGAGCGUGAAGGUGUUCGGGUCACCCACCUCGGCGGAGGUCGCCCGCGUGCUCAUGUGCCUCUUCGAGAAGGACGUCGAGUUCCAGCUCAUCCGCGUCGACGCCUACCGCGGGCCCAAGCGCAUGCCCCAGUACCUCAAGCUGCAGCCCCAUGGCGAGGCGCUCACCUUCGAGGACGAGAACCUCACCCUCUCCGAGUCCCGGGGGAUCCUGCGACACAUCUCGCACAAGUACGCGAAGCAGGGCAACCCGGACCUGAUCGGCACGGGCGCGCUGGAGCGCGCGUCCAUCGAGCAGUGGCUGCAGACGGAGGCGCAGAGCUUCGACGCGCCCAGCGCCGAGAUGGUCUACAGCCUGGCCCUCCUGCCGCCCAACGUGCCCAAGCAGCAGCAGAGCGACAACGGCCUCAACUUCAACGGCAGGGACGUGGCCUCCUUGUCCUUGGGCAACGCCAACCAGGCGUCCGGCGGCGGCAAGCGCGCGCCGCCGGCCGGGUCGCAGUCGCAGUCGCAGCACAAGGAGGAGGAGAUGCUCAAGCUGUACGAGCAGCGGAGGAAGGACCUGGAGAAGCUGCUGGACAUCUACGAGCAGCGGCUGGAGGAGGCCCGGUACCUCGCCGGCGACAACUUCACCAUCGCCGACCUGUCGCACCUGCCCAACGCCGACCGCCUCGCCUCCGACCCGCGCUCCCGCCGCCUGUUCGAGUCCCGCAAGAACGUCAGCAGGUGGUGGUCCGACGUCUCCGGCCGCGAGACCUGGCAGUACGUCAAGAGCCUGCAGCGCCCGCCGUCGUCCACCGACGCCAACGCCAAGAACGCCCAGCCCGCCGAGGAGCACAGCAAGAACCACCACCAGCAGGUCCAGCAGCGCUACUAGCCGCCCCGUGCAUCUGAUCAGCAACAAGAACUACCUGGCCGUCCAUUAACAUGUUUUCUGCCGUCAAUCGUGUCAUUUUUUCCCCGUAUGUGUCGACAUGGCGUAUUCGAGUUCGUCGCAGUCUGGUUGGUGUUUUCAAGUUCCGUGCACCUGGGUGGAGGGGUCUACGAGUUCCAUUCUGCUUUUCUGCUGAAUUGCGUCAGGCCUUCUUCAUGUAAUAAAAUGUAGCCCCCCCACCCCUUUUGAAUCAAAUUGAAGUUUCAGUGUCGUGUGAAA